UUUGAUUCGUAUGGUUGACGUGUCGAAAUGAUCUCAACCGACUUCCGCAAAAUACACAUAUUUGAUCUUGUCACUCAGAGGAUGUUCAAAACGAAGUGAUGAAAGCAUAAAAAAAUCGCCAUUUGGGAAAUCCCCGCGAAGCAAGGAUGGGCUACGGUUUGAACAAGUUCGUCGGUAAAAUUGAUCAGAAUUUACUGUGCAACAUUUGUGUAGGGGUGUUAGAAAAUGCCAUAACUACAAUUUGCGGCCACUCUUUUUGUGAAUCCUGCCUUGAAACGUGGCUAAGCAGACCAGAAGUUCAGAGCUGCCCAAGUUGUAGAUCGCACGUUUUGAGUUUAGAUUUAAUCCCUGUUCACGCUAUCAGAGGUCUAGUAGAUGGUUUAUUAGUUCACUGUGAAAAUGCUGAUAAUGGCUGCGACAUUGUUACACGAAUGGACAACAUGAAGUCUCAUUUGGAGUCUUGCCCUUAUGGUCUUGUCCAGUGUAAAGCCUGCGAGGUAAAAGUCAAAAGGAUCGACCUACAAACUCAUCAUGAAAACUGUGAAGUCUUGAACGCACUCGCUACAAAAACAAGACUCGAAAACAAAGAACCGACUAUUGAAGGUCUGACUCGACAGAUCGCAGAGUUGGAGAUCGAUCUUCAAAAGACCAAGUCGGCGUUAAAGGAUUCACAAGGCGAUGUGCAGAGAGUUAAGCGAGAUCUCAGGGAAAUGCAGUACCGGCUAGAGCGAACAGUAUCCCUAGAAGAAGAGCAAUUUGAUCAAGAUUGGGACCCAGAUUAUGCGUAUGGCUACUCGCCUCAUAGUAUAGCGCAGCUUGCAAGCCUCGUUUCUCGCUACCUGUUGAACAAGCCAUAUUAUGUAGAUCGCAACCGAAUUUUUAACUCGAUCAAGCGUUGCUACGAGUAUUACCACGGAUACGCGAGUUAUUCCCAAGAUGUGCAUAUGCUUCUCGCUACAUCGUACGCCAGUAACUGGUUCACGGAAAACCAGAGAAAUAACUUUGACUGUUGGUUAAGGAUCCUUACGAGAGAGAGGUUUUUACGGUAGAGGACUGGUCAAGGCCGACGAGUGAAAAACAAACAGAGUGCCAACAUUGUACGCAGAUGUACAAAUAACUUGAACUCUUUUCAUUCAAUCGAAGAAGCCGAAAACAAACAUCAAAGAAAAGUGAAAACAAUAUUUUUCAAUGGCAUAUCACAUUUUCAAUAUUUAAAAAUGGUCCGAUUUAAGAAAAACAUAUUUUUUGCGAUAUGUCUAUGGGCAAUUUUUCUUUCUUUCUUAUCUUAUUAUUGCAUAUCCUGAUGAGAUGUCCAUUUCGGUAUAAGCAGAAUAUUCAACCACUUGAAUCACGUGAAAAUUCAAUCCACCCUACAAUAAAAUCAACUCCGUUAUAAGCGUA